GUUGCUUUUUGGUUUGACUAUUACACCUUUGUCGUUCGUAGUUCAUUGUGGCCUUGUUGGAAUAGGUUGGAUUACCCUGGAGUUGGACCUGAGCAUAGCUUUCUGAAAGAGAAAGGCCGUGCUGAAUACUAUUGUGUCACUGAUGAGGAGGCACUAGAAGUUCCUUGGAGAGCUCAUGUGGUGCAUUUAAUAUUUUGGCUAACCUCACUGGUGCUUGAGACAUUUAAGAGAGUAUCAAGACUAGAAGGCAUAAUCCCGGCUCUGGAGACAUCUCAUGCUUUGGCUUACAUUGAGAAGCUUUGCCCAACCCUCCCUGAUAAAACUAAGGUCGUACUGAACUGCAGCGGCCGAGGGGACAAGGAUGUUCAGACUGCCAUCAAGUACUUGAAAGUCUGAACAGUAAAGCUUAGAUGAACUGCCUCUGCAGAUUUUCCUUCCCUUUCGACAAAUGGGAACAAUAAGCAAAAUACUAAUAGGUGGUGAGUUCCAACUUGGUGGUGUAAGCUGAAGGCUCUUCUGACAAACUCUGGUACCAGAAAG